AUGAAUGAUCCAAUGGAAGAGCUCGUAGCUCAAUUAAGCAAGGCUAAAAUCGAAAAUGAUACUAAUAAAAUUGUGAUUUUACUCAAGAAAAUUGGUCAACAUCUUUGGCAGAAAAUUAAUGAAGAAAAUGAGAUUACCAUACAAAUGGCAGAUCGCUGUUUAUCGAUUUACAAGAUUUACAAGGCCACGAACAAGAUUGCUAAAAAAGAUAUAAUACCGAUCCAGGAGAUACUAGCAUUUAAAGAUUUUUUCUUAAAAAAGGUAUUAAAAUCCAGUAAUGAUCCAACAAAUUUCUUUUCCCGCAUUGAUGAAUUUUAUAAAUAUAUUAGAGAAAUUCAAUGUGAGCAAGCUAAAGACGUUAUUCACCAAAUCCAAGAGACAAAAACGAAUUCCGAAAAAGUUGUCAUCAUUAAAGAAUGUUAUCAAAAGCUUAACAUAUCGCUGCGUAAACUACUUUAUGACAUCAUUCAGCUCUCGCUUGAAGCUUUUCAUGAUGAUGAAAUUAGUCAUCAAGCAUUCGCGGUUGUACUAUUUGGUUCGUGGGCAAAGGAUACGGCUACACCCUAUUCGGAUAUAGAAUUUUGUAUUUUAGUCAAUGACCGUAAUUUAAAAUUAAAAGAGGUGUUACGCCGGAUGGUAUAUUUGAUGAAUUUUAUUGUCAUCAACCUAGAACAAACAGCUCUUCCUUUGAAUUUAUUUCAAGUAUCUAAUGUAACAAACGUUAUCGACUUUGAUGAUCUAUUAAAGCCAGGAUUUCAAUUUGACUUGGGAGGAAAAACACCGCUUGGACGUGCAGAUAAAGAUUAUGAUUUAAUUAAUACCCCCCAAGAUAUGGCGAACUACAUUAACUUUGGCAUGCUCGAACAAGAUCCCCUGUUAGUUGCUGAAUUAAUUGAUUGUCGAUUCUUAUUUGGUAAUGAAAAGCUAUAUGAAGAUUAUAAACAGAUGGUAAAACAACAGUUGCAUUUUGAGGAAAUAAAUCAACAACCCUUCCAUAAAAGAAUGGCCAAAGUGCUUCUACAAGAUGGUACAAUGAAUUUCAAACAAGCCGAUUUAGAAAAAUAUAAAAUCAAGAUAGAUAAAAUCAGUUACGAAGGAAGGUUAUUAAACAUCAAAGCUGAAAUUUAUCGAUUGCCAGACAGAUUGAUUGAGGGGCUAAGAUUAAUUUUUGCAACACCCGGCGAAACAUUAUGGGAGAAAAUCUCAGGAUUGUUGAAAUGUAAUAUUAUCAGUCAGGCAGGAUCUGUUAAUCUCGAAUUCAUGACGGCCAUUGCGUUACAGUCGCGAUUGUUUACUUAUGUCACAAAUGGUAGUCAAAGCGAAAGAUUAGGUAUUUGGGAUACUGCAGUUGCCCAUAACAACUCAGAGAUUGAGAGUUUUUUGGGCAUAGACGAAGUUGCUAGCCUGGUUAGAUUCUACCAAGUCGCAAUUCCCCUUUACCAGUUUGUGCAAACGAGUGUGAAUCAAGAAAAUUUGGAUCAAAUUAAUACAGAGCAAAACUUUUUGGAUGAGAGGCUGAUUACAAAAGCAACCAUUUGUUUUAGAUUUAUGCUUUAUCGACAGGCCGAAAUAUUGUUACUUGAAUCUCAACAGUCAGAAUUGAUGAAUGCACAUUUUCAAUUGUAUCGCUUGUAUUCCCACCUAGGAAAGCCCCAGUUAGCUUACGAAUUCUAUGAAAAAUACCUAGAAAAUAAAUCACGAGAAAUUAGUGAUCGGUUUAGAUUAGGUUACCUAAAAUUAGUUUUGGGAAACCAUAAAGAGGCACUCGAUGAAUAUAAUAUUAUACUUGAUGAACUUGAGAUUACUCAUCAAAAAUUGUCCAUGGAUCAUGUACAGUCCCAUUGCUAUAUUGCCCAAAUAGAAGGUCUAAUGGGUAAUACCACAGCCGAAUUUCAUCAUCUUGAAAAAGCUAAUGAAAUCGUCAAGCAUAUCCCUGACAAACAUAAAGAUGAUGUGAUGAUCGAUUUUUACAUCGGCUACGCAAAAUAUCAUGCGGGCAAAAAUCAAUUUGAUCGGAGCAAGCACUAUAUUCAACAGUCCUUAGAUUACACGGAUAAGCUUUAUGGUAAGCACGCACAUACUAAAUUGAUUGAUAUUUAUCAACAAGCGGCUGAAAUUGCCCAGCAAUACAAUCAAUGGGAGCAGGCGGUAAAAUAUAGAGAAACAACAAUUCGUAUGAUCUAUAUUCUUUACGUGGGGAAAAUUGUAAGUCGGCUACUAGAUGCUUAUAUUGACCUCACAAAUACUUUAUGUCUCAUGGGAAAACUUGAUCAGGCCAAAGAACAACUGACCUACGUUAAAUGCCUGCUUCCUAGCGUAGAACAUGAACUUACGAAUAAAGCGCUUACCUUCAAACUCUCAUACGGGUAUAUGAAAGUUUAUCAAGCAAAGAAGAGUUACCAGUGGGCUUAUGAACAUUAUGAAAAAGCUACUGUGUAUCGAACUACAUUUGAAGAAAACCCAUAUUAUCGAUUACAACUCGCUAAAUUUUAUCUAGAUGCUUUCGAUACCUGGAUUAGUUAUGAUAAAUGGGAGGAGUGUAAGCAAAGAUUACCUGAGGCUAUUAACAUUAUUACUGAACUGUGCGGUAGAAAUCACAGUGACCUUGCGAAAGCAUACUGUCAAUUGGCUACCUUUGAUUUGAUACAAGGAGAUAAUGAGCUUGCAAAGAAAAAUCUCUUGCAAUCUUAUGACAUUUAUGAGAAAUUGCCAAAGAUUUAUCCAAACUAUCUCACUACUCUGACAAAUUUAAUAAAAGUUUAUCAGAACUUCAAGGAUGGAGAGAAAGCAAUAUUAUAUGCAGAAAAGUUUUAUCAACAUGCGGAAAAGAUGCAGCCAAGUUCAAUGUUAGAAUCUAUUAUGUGUUUCCUCGUGAUCGCAUUAGAGCAAGCAUGUUAUCAAAGGGUUUUACCAUAUGUCGAAAAGAUAUCUGCUAAUAUAGAUAAUUUAGAUCAUCUAUAUCCAGAAAGCGAACUUGAGCAUUUAGAUUAUGCAACCCUAGAAGGUGUUUAA